ACUCUCUUGGAGGACACUCUAAGAGUACGCUUAGGAGAGUUAAGCACACUUCGAGUUAAAGAGUCUUACAUCAAGAGUGCUAUAGCCCGAUCAGUGAUUUAUUUAUAUAGUUAGACAGUUUGUUUAUUGGAUUUGGUUAGAGCGUUGAGAGAGGGGUUUCUUUUGAAAAACGCGUCGGGUGCUUGUGGUUUUUCGAGAAGUGCGGAUCGGUUGUGAGUUUUACGUACCGUACACUAAGUGUGUGAUUAAAUGCUAGUUUUUACAUGAACUGACCGAUUUUUUUUUUUGGUUGGUGGAGCCGCCUUGUUUACUCGGUGGUCCUGGAGUCCAUGUCGGCAGGUGGUAGCUACGGGGAAGGCCCCGUAGUUCCCGGCGAUAGAAGUGACCUUCACGGCAUUUUACCCGAGCUCAAUGGCGUCGAAUUGGCUAUGAGCUUAAGUCCUAAGCAUCUUCAAGGUCCUCAAGUUCUCAGUCACUUACAGCAGCUCCAUCAUUCGACUCCUUUCAGCGUUACGGAUAUAUUGAGUCCCAUCGAAGAAUCAUAUAGAAAAUUGGAAUUGGCUACCAAUCCUCCUUCACCUUAUAGAUCAACAUCUAGUGGAAGUAGUAUAAAUUCGCCGGGAAUUAGCGGUCCGAGUAACGGUUGCAAUAUGAACGGUAGUUACCCCGUUAUGGGCCAAUUCGGCGGAGGCCAAUACUGUCCAGUUUCUGAAAAUUUAGGUCUCACUCCUCAUUAUUCGUCAGGCUGGUACCAAACGUCGGCGGCCGAUCCCAGAUUCGCAAUUUCCAGAUUGAUGGGCAGCACAGCAACAGCAGCCAACAUGGGUCACGGCCUUAAUAGCGGCAUGCCCGGGCUAGGAGCGUGCGCGGUAUCCGAUUCCAAACCGAUGCAGUUUCCGUUGGCGCAACGCAGAAAAAGGCGGGUCCUUUUCACGCAGGCACAGGUAUACGAAUUAGAAAGAAGAUUCAAACAACAAAAGUACCUGUCAGCACCUGAAAGAGAACACUUAGCAUCUCUAAUACACCUAACUCCGACGCAAGUGAAAAUUUGGUUCCAGAAUCACAGGUACAAGUGCAAGAGACAAGCCAAAGAAAAGGCGAUGGCCGAACAAAACCAACAUAACCAGUCAUCGAGCUCUCCACGCCGAGUGGCGGUUCCAGUUCUAGUCAAAGACGGUAAACCUUGUUCUGGUGGUGGUAACAAUACGAAUCAAACCGCAACUUCGAGUACAUCAUCCGAUACUACUCGAACGCAACAAUCUCCAGCUUGCCAACCACCUCAACAGCAAACGCAGUGUAUGGCGAAUGGCGGUUUAGCUAUGGCUUAUCGACAGCAGGGGAAUUACCAACAGCAAUGCGCCGGUUAUCUGCCAUUACAGACUCGGGCUUGGUAGUACGAAGUUGAAAACUUUUGUUACGAACAGUACGGACUAGUGUACUGCGGGGAUGUGUAAAAAGUGAGCUAUUGGCAUAAAUUUAGAUAAUAUAGGGUGAUCCGAUCGAAAUUUUCACCCCCAAUUAUUUCCAAAACGGAUCAUAGUUAAUCUACAUGGGGUUGUAUGUUUAUCGUAGUUUCGAACUACGUUUUAUCCCUCUAACGAACUGAUACGCUACUGUUAGUUUUAUUUAGUUUGAUUUUCUUUUGAUAACUAAUAAAAUCUUCUAGGAUCGGAGAUAUUCUUGAAAUUAUCAAUCCUGAACAUUCUCGUUCAAAAAUUUGUUAAGUUCGGACCAAUACAACUCAUACAAACAACAAAAAAUCAAAUUUUUUCAAAUAGUUCUGGUCAAUUCCGGCAUUAUCUGACUUGGUGGUAGUUGUCGAUUAUUUUUUGUUCGGAGACCAGGCCUCAAUAGUACCAAGAGCUUGAUCAUAAUAGAUUGUAAGGAUGGCAUAUCUGAAUUGCUUUAAGGUAUGAUCGAAUCACCAGCAAAUAAACAUUAUAUUUCCCCCCUGAAUGAAUGAAUUUAAUGUGGGGGACACCACUAAUGUUUUGACUGUUUUGGGGUAAAAAUUAAAGGAAUCCAGAAGAGUACCAAAAAUCACAAAAUACUGUUGCGCUCAAAAUAUGACACCUGUGGUCAAUUUCCUCUAUGCUAAGUUGAAUCCCUGAGGAAUUGCAGUAAGGUUCAAAAUGACGAAAAAAAUUAAAUUUAUUCACCACCAUCCAACUUAAAAAUACCAAAUUUGGUACACCGCAUGAGACUGUUACCAUUUAAUGUGUUUCGAGGGGUUGUUUUGGGUGUUACCGCGACAAAAAGUGUAGAACUGGUAUAAAAAUCAAUCCUAUCUAAAUUAAAAUUGAUCGUUUUGAUAUUUCUUGCGAAGUUUUCGAGAUAGUGAAGUUGGAAAUUUUACUUGGAACACCCUAUAUAUUUCACGAUAUUUUUGAAAGUACUGCUAGAAGUAUACUAUAACAAAGUGGUUAUAAAAAUUAUUUUGUAAUGACGUAUACGUAUUUUAUCUAUAACUAAACUCAUUUUCAAUCAACUAAUUUAAAAAAAUGAUCUCUAGUUUCACUUUGGAAGAGAGUCGUACUUAAAUAAUUAUUGAAAUUUGUAAAUUAACUAGAAUUGUGAAAAUUCAUUUUCAAAAAAGUGGUAAAGGAAUUUGUGAGAAGAAUCUUGAAGUAGCUCAGAAAGGAGUAGAUUUAUUCACGUGGAAAUCAAAUGACUUCUACCAGUUCAGAAAUUGAAAAUAAAUAAAUGCAGCAAUAACAGGGUUUUCUAAUAUUUUCUCAAAGUUUGCGGCAUAAUCGUUAUUGAUUUGGAAUGUUUCAUCACUAAAUGUCAAGAUGGAUCAUCAAAGUUGAAAAUUCUCCAUCAAAUAACUUGUACUCAGUAGAACGAUUCAGAAAGACACUCUCGAACAAGUUGCGAUGGCUUAGACCCAUAAAAAUACAGUUCAAUUUCUAGUUUGAAUAAAGAAUAUACGGGGAUAUAUUGAUAUUUAGUUAGCCUAGACCAGUUUCAUAUAUAAACAAAAUAUUGCGUUACCGUAGCAACGAACAAUAACUUAUUAGAAGUGUCAGUGUAAAGUUUGCUAAGAGCUAAGAAUUUUUCAAUAUAUCCUCGUAUAUUCGUCAUUCCUCCAAAUUUUUUAUACAAUUUUCAGUUUAUUUUUGUACGGUAAAGUACAAACUGUGACAUAAAAAACUUUUUCCAUACGACCUCUCGUUUCUGAGCCUUUAAGAUUGAGAAAUUAGAACUUACAUAAAUUCUAAGCUUACCAACUAAAUUUUUCUACAUUUCAUUUUUUUCCUUACUCGAGGUUCGACAGUAUGCAGUUCAUUUAGAAAUGUUCGAUUAUGUUUCAAUAAUUUCAAUUCAUGAUAAUUUUCUUCGGAAUGUCUCUUUAUGGCGAACAGUUUUCUUAGCAUUUACAACAAUCUAAAAAUCUACAUAUCUCCUAAACCAUCAUUUUUAUGGAGUUAAACAAAUAGUAUCUUUUUGUUAAAAAAUCGAUUGAAAAAUUCAUUUUUGCUAUUUUUAGAUUGCUAACCAUUGGGCAUGAGCCGCCCCUGGCCUUUAGAUACUAGUAUAAAAUUAUCGCUAAUCACACUAUAUAGACAUACUGAAUCGUUCAUUAAAAAUUCAUAAUGUUCGAAUGAAUAAUUUACAAAAUAUACUUAAAUAUAAGUUUUGAUUUCGCAAAUGCUGUAACUCAGAAACGAGGGUUCGUAUGAGAAAAAUUUUACCCGAAUUUUUUGCAUCAAGUAUUUUGAACUAUGUUUGGAUUUCAAACCACUUAAGAUAUUUUUAAACAGAAAUUAUUUGACCGACAGUCUAAUUUUUUUGGAAGAAAUAAGAUGCCACAAAAUUUGAAGGUACUUAGAAGUUAUUAAACUUCCCUUAGACCCCUAAAAAACAACUAGUACCUAUAAUUAAAUAGUAAAAAUUGUUAGCUUGUAAAGAAAUAAUUAUAAGAAGUGGUGUCAUUAAUAGAAAUUGAUUUACCCCAAAGGAUUUUUGACGUUUUGAACUAGAAAACUUGACAAAGCGUUCAUACAGGGUGUUGUACUCUGUAAACCAAUUCUUCUGUAUAAAUUUGUAUUAUGUGAUUCUUAUGUGUAAAUAAGAAAUUUGUAAAUUGGAAUAAUACUCGUAUUUUGUAAAUAAAAAGAAAUUAUUACAUAUUAUGAUUGCAAUUUUUUUUCUGUUUUAAUAAUUUCUUUAAUCGGAAAACAACAAAAGAAAUAGUGCAAUUGUUUAUAUUACAAAUGUUAUUUGCAUUUCAGAUACCUAUUUAUCACCCGAAAAUUCAAUUUUAUCACACAUUGUCAUAGGGCGUGUCGCGUUUAUCAUUUGCCUAGGGUUAAAUCGCCGUUUCUCAGCCUGUAGGGUGCGCCGCCUGGGACUCUACGUGGGGGACACUAGUACAUAAAGCGAAAGAAAAGACGACACUAUUAUUAUUUAAAAAACUAAUCCACAUAAGGAACCUAAUAUGCUAUUUAAUUAUUAUAAAUAUCAGUCAACUGCCGCAUGAAAUUAAUCUUGUGAAAUACUAAAAGUCGGCAAUUAUUUUGAAAUUGCAAUUUAUUAUUCUUUUCCUUCUUUCUACAUAUACGGGAUGUCCAAAGUUUUGUGAUGUGACGCAUAAUUUACGUAAGGGUCUUCCAAAAAUUUAUUUGAAACAAAACUAACCUCCAAAGGAAGCCAAUAGUUAGCCAACAGUUAGAAAAAUUGAGUUCAAAGUUCUUAUAUUUAUUCUUAAUUUUACUACUUCCUGCCCAUGGAUGUAGAUCCGAGUCCCAUCUGUUCAUUCUUUUUAUAAACAAACUUGGCCCAUUCUUUUGUCAUAAUUUUCUCUUGGUGCCUUGUUCUCUUCUUUCCAACAUGUCUUCUUCUCUUCCUCUUGUUAUUUGACUAGUAUCGUGUUUGUCAUUCCAGCUACAAGUUUAAAUCUUUUUUUUUUUCAUCGUUUCAGUUAUUGAUUCAUUUUUCGUUUUAUUCGUUUUAUUCCCUUUCACUCUCUAUACAUCUCAACUUUAUAUUCAGUUUGUCAAACUCAGCUUUUAUUUCCACGUGUUAAUAUUGGUCGAUAUACCAUCAUUUUGUUUUUCGUGCUGAUUUCCUUUUAUCUUUAUGAAUAACUUUAAAACGUAAUACAAUAAAGUUUCAAAGCACUUGAAGUCUCUGAAGACGAUAACUUGGUUAUCGAAACGCUGAUCAGACAGUGUAAUUGUGAGUGUUUGUGUAGUGGUAGCAGUAAACAGUGUGUUUCAGUAUCAAUGUCACCAAUGGUUUCAGAAAUUCUCGCCUAAUUUCAAAUUGUCUCAUUUUCUCCCUUUUAUUGCUGUGACCUAACGCUUUAUAGUCCCGGGUGGCUCGGCACCUACAUAUGUGGAACCAAAAAUUACCAGUUUGUUAUCUACCCAUUUGGUAAUCUAGACCUUUCCAGAACUGUGAGUCACACAAUCAUCCGAGCCCCGUUAUGAAGUAAAUUCAGUUAAUUGAUAAAAAUAAUUUGUCUUGAUGUAAAAACGACAAAAUGAAUAUCAAUAAACAAUAGAAUAACAAUUUAAUUAGCAAAAACGUAUUUAUUUUGUUUAAAAGAAAUCAUUUCAACUUUUACCGUAAACGUGCAAAGUAUCAAAUAUGAUUCUUUUCGCAAAAUGCAUUUUCUAAAGCAGAAAAUCAGUUAUCACGAUUUUUCCUUUCCAUAAUUGCCUUCAAUACAGUAUUACGAAGCUAAUUUUAUUGAUAAAUGUGGUUAUAACUUUCGUUUGACGUAAAACAGUGUUACCAACAAAUUCACAAUGAAAUUCCCUUGCACUGAAAAAAGGAACCAGAUACAAUACAGUAAGACCCCGCUUAACGCGUUGGAUACGUCCAAUCAAUGUAGAACAUAACGCUAAACAGUGCUAAACGAAGCUAACAUGUAAAUAAAGGAGUUAUGGGAAGUUGGAUAGACAUUUCUUACAAAAAUAAAAACAAUAUAAACGAAUAUACUAAAAUAAAACAAAUAAAGUCAGUCAAAUCAUUCAGUCUCUUCAGUGUUUCCAGUUUUUUGCCUUUCUGUCUAGAAAGCAUCCAAUGUUGUUGAUAAAGCAUUCAUUAUUCAUUGUCUGGCUUUUGAAUUGGUCCAUAAUAUCAGUUAUAGUGAUCAAACUCCUUUUUACAAACACCAAACUAAAAAAUUCAUUUUGGUUUGGUAUUAGAAAGACUAGCUGCUGUUUCUUGAGUUAUUUCUUCGACGUCUUUCACAUUUCAUCCAUACAGACAGAGUGUUCUUAGCUCUUACUUUCAUCUAGCCAAAUCUUUUUCUAUUCUCCUUUACCAAGAUCUUUCUGUUAUUUGAUUCAAAGAAAGGCUUGUGUUUUCUGCGACAUUCAUAAUAUUGUAGUUGUUCCAAAAUUCUCUUAUUGAUGACUUCUCUUCUCCGUCUGUUUCCAUCCAUCUGCUUAGAUGUUCGCUUCAAGCCUUAAAAUUGGUUAAAACAAACCACUUCGACUGGAAUGGAUAUUGUCGGGUGGCUUGGAUCAUUUAAUUAAUAGUAAUAACGAUUAACACACGACCAGAAAUGCUCAACAAUCCAAUCCUACGUCUUUCUUGCUCUUGUGGUAAACUAGUAGUGGUUUUAAUUUGAAAACUCCGCUUGCGUUAUCAUCUAGUAUAAGCGAUUUUUUGUACUUUAAAUCCUGGUGGUCGUUCCUCUUCACGGAAUAGAAUGUUCAUUUUGGCAUUCGUUUCUAAAACAGAUCAACAUUUAAAACCAAUUCUGGAAGAUGGUUUCCUUGUUCAAUUAUUAUUUUUAAUGUCGCUGGAAAUUCAGCCACCGCUUUCGUAUCAACACUUGCUGCUAUUUCUAUAUCUUUAUGUUUAUUUCGAUGUUUAAAUCUAUUGAAUCAUCCUCGACUAGUAAUGAAAGUUUCACUUGUCUCGGCCUGAAUGUAAUUCAAAAUUCUUAAGCUUUUACCGUUAUGACAGAUUGGCUUAAUGGCGUUCAAUUAUAGCUGCAGAGCUUGACCAAGACUCUUCAUUCUUAAGAAGUGUCCUUAUUGUUAAAGUUGACAAAUUCAAUACAGCACUAAUUUGAGAUUGGCUUCACUAGAAUUAAAUCUUCUAAUUGCUUGCAUAUUAGUGGAAUAUUUUCUUUGGUUGCUUUCUUUUUUUGUUUGUUCAUGAUAAAAACUGAAGAUCAUGAUAUUUGUCACCUAACCUAACCUUUUUUUUGGCCCUGAGGUGGGGUGGAAGCUAAUUCCAUCCUCACAGCGGACGGGUGCAAUGCUGUCACUUUGUGUGGGACUCUCCCACCCACUAAAACACCCUCCUCCUUCCUAAAUCCUUUGGGAGUUGCGUACGCCGGGAGGACAACAAGUUGUCAUUACAUCAGCGUACCUCCCAUGUUUCCUUUUUUCCUAAGUUUCUAUCCUUGGGUGAUCCUAUUUUCUUUCUCCUUUUUGGUCAUCACAUCGGUCAUAAAAGUCGUUACCGCCUUCCAGGUCUCCCUGUCUUUAAGCAUCUCACCUGUGAUCUCAGUUGUCGGUGGCAAGUCUCCGCCUAGUAGCUCCUUCAGUCUUCACUUCUUCUCACCCCAUCGUACACAUUCAUAAAGGACAUGGGCCGGGUCGUCCCUUUGCCCACAUGAGGCACAUGUGUCAUCCACGGUCUUACGGAUCCUCUUAGUGAAGAAACCGAACGAUCCAUGUCCCGUCAGAAUCUGCGUAGUUAGAAGUGGUUCUAAGUUUGUACAUGACCCAGCUUCUCCACUGGGCCUUCGUCUCCAGACUAUCCCACCUCUCCUGCCACUUUUUGAAUGUUCUCUCUCUUGCCAUCUAUCUGUUGUCGGCUAACCUGCCUCCUAUUUUAUAUAGGAAGCAUCUCUCAGCUAUCAUGAGAUCAAUCGGUGGAAAUCCUGCUAUAACCUGAACUGCCUCGGCCGAUACGUUCCUCCCGGUUGCAACACGGAAUCUCUAUUGCGCAGAAUCGUCACCGUACCAAGGACGAUUCUUUGAUGGGUUGGAACGAACCUAUUAUGUACAUAUUUGUGGAAACCUAGCUUUGCGCAACAAUUCAGGGAAUCCCCAGCUUAAAGUAAAAGAACGCUAAACCGUUACAGCGUGGACUGUAUUUUUCUACGAAAUGGGAAAUUUAGGGAGGGCGUUAUAAAAAUUGCUAUUGUAAGUUGGGCUUAAAUACUAAAAGGUUGAGAAACGCUGAGUAUACAAGAUGUAAUGAAAAGGCGGGUGAUAAAUUAAAAUCAAAAAGCUCAAUCGAUAAUUUGGCUUAAAACUAAUCUACACUGAUAGAAAUUGCCUCUUGCAAAGUACAAAAUGAAAAACUUUUUUCCAAUAUAAACUGUUCGAUAUUUUGUAUCGAAAAAUAUACAAAAUCACGAAAUCUGUGCAGCUCAUUAACAUUUUUACGUUUAUGGGGUUUCGAAAUACUACAAAAGUCGAACAAGUUUUAUGGUUUUGCAUGAGGGGCGAAUUAUGUACUUCUAUUAUAGUGAUUGUGGGUAAAUAACAAUAAAUUACAUAUUGGGGCUUAAACUGAAAUAGGAAAACAUGGGUAACACAAAAAAAAUUGUUAAUUCAUCUAUUAUUAUAUUACAAAAAUUGAUUUGCAAUAAAAUUGUUUAAUAAUAUUGUAAAUAGUAAAUUAUUUAUAGAUGUAACAAAUAAUUAUCUGUACAGUAUUUCGAUUUAGACUCAAAUGAUUAAUAGGCAAAUGAGAUGUUAAUGAUACGAUUGAAAGAAAUAACAAAAUUUAUUGAAUUUAAGCAAAUUUGAUUGUUUUUCUCGUACAAUUUACUAUUUAUUAUUCCAUCAUUAUCAGGGAUGAUUUUUUUUUGUUUUAAUUGCCGUUUAUUUGUGUUUUUGGAGCACCUUUUCAAAAUUACAAAAUUUUCAAACAUCAAAUGAAAGUUUCAUAGUAAAUACUUCUUCACUUUCGUCUGUAUUUAUUUGCAUCGCAUUUACCUACAUAUAGAAAAUCUGCACUGUAUUGUCGAGUAACUGUGUUUUUAAAUAUAAAUAAAAUAUACAACUAAAA